AGAAGUAGGCUGACCCUAAGGCGGAGUCUGAGCGAGGUGGGCGGGGGCAGCCUGGGCCUCACAGGCCCCGGACACACAGUGCAGGUCAGGCUGAGGCUUAGUCAUGGGGAACGUGGUAAGCGGCGGGAGCGGAGAUGAGGAAGAGACGGGAAUGGAGCAAGAGGAGGCGGCCACAACAGGGACAGAUGCCACGGCAGGUUCUGGGGCGCAGGCUAACCCUUUACAGCCCGGAGUUCCAGGUCCGGCUCCUCCGCUGCUAUUACCCCCGUCUCCAGGUGUCCUGUUGGAGCAGGCCCGGUUGAGGGAGGCAGCGGCAAGGCUGAGAGAAAUAGGGGCCCCAGAGUCGGUGGUUUCGCGGAACCAGAGUGCCCUGCUCCGCUGGCUGGAGGAGAGGCUAAGUCGAGGGGAAGAGUUGCUGAGCAAAGAUCAAUUCAUUGAGAUGUUGGAGAGCAGGGCCAGCGGCCGUGAGGAGUGCGAGGAGGCCUUUUCACAGUUUGAUGCUGAAGGUGAUGAGGUUGUGGACCUGGAGAGCAUGUUAGAAGCCAUCAAGUCCUCUAGUGGUGCCAGUCUUAAGGGGGAGCUGAGUCAUGUGAUCCGGCAGCUGCAGGCAUGCUCUCUUACACCAGGUUUUAUUGAUAUAUUUUCAAAAUCAAAGGAACCCCUGAGUUUACAUUCUGCAAAAAUACUGGGUUUCCUGCAUCGAAACCGGGUACCCAGCACUGCGAUCCCUUAUCCGAUGCUGGAGUGUUGCAAUAACAUUUGCACUAUGAGAGCUUCUGUCAUAAAGGACUAUUUAGAACGGCUGCUGAAGAAAGAAAAGGAAUGUCCUGCAGUUGUGAGUUCUGAUGAAGAAUCCUUACAGUUCAAAACCGUGACAAAGUGCUAUAGUCAGAUAGAAACCUCAUCUUGCGCCUCAGAUAUUUAUAAGAUGACAAAUGGGGAAACAUCCUCAUACUGGCAGUCAGAUGGAAGUGCACGUUCUCACUGGAUAAGGUUAAAGAUGAAACCUGAUGUAGUUCUGAGACAACUGUCCAUCGCUGUGUCUGCUGCAGACCAGAGUUACAUGCCUCAGCAUGUGGCUGUUGCAGUCGGGAGGAAUCCCAGCAACCUCCAGGAGGUCCGAGAGGUUCACAUUCCCAGCCAUAUCACAGGCUAUGUGACAUUAUUGGAAAACGCUAACAUUAGUCAGAUGUAUGUUCAGAUUAAUAUUAAGCGUUGUUUAAGUGAUGGGUGUGAUACCAGAAUCCAUGGCCUCCGAGCUGUUGGCUAUCAGAAGAUAAAGCGUGCUGUAUCUAUAUCAGAUGCAUCUGCAAUUUGGUAUCUAUCAUUGUUAACAUCGCUUGUGACAACGUCAAUGGAAACAAACCCGUCACUUGCUCAAGCUGUCCAGCAACACACGCAAAAAGCUUUGCAGCAUAUGCCACCACUGUCAUUAACACUGGGUGCAACCGAGUUUCCUAACUUUUUGUCUCCAAAUGUUUUAGAGGAAGUAAACAGCUUUUUGCUAAGGAUAGCAAGCUGCUGCCCUACACCAGAAGUAAACCUUGACCUUCUAGCAUUUGCAUUAGCUAGAGGAAAUGUUGCAAAGGUCAUUACUGCUCUUUGUUCCAUCAUGGAACAUGUGGAUUUGCAGUACAAAGCAUGUGCUCUCAUCUCGUCUAUGGAAUCUGUUCGAAUGAAUCUGCUGUAUAAAUAUGCAAAACCAUUGCAAUUUACUCUAAUUGCUUGUGACGUCAAGGGCAAGGAGGAUAAGUCUGGACCAGAAAACCUAUUGGUGGAGCCUUGGACUGGAGAUGGCUUCCUCACAGAGACAGGGAAAACAAGAGCUAGUGUUAUCCUUUCUUCUGAUACUGAAUCUGCCUUUCAAGUUACACAGAUGAGGAUACGAGUGCGAAGAGGAGAUAUUGGUGCCAAAUGUGGCUUGAUAUUUGCUUAUAAUUCUUCUGAAAAAUUUCAUGCAGAGGAACACUUUAGGAGAUUCGAAAAAUAUGACGCAUGGAAGCUACCUGAAUUCAAACAGUUUGUGAAAGAAAGGACUAAGAAGCCGGACAUAGAACUUGGAGAGAAUGAUCCUGUAGCUUGGUUUGAGCUGGAGGAGGAGUGGGAUGAGGUGGACAUUCAAAUGCAGCAGUGCAAAACUGCCAAGUAUUGGAUGGUGAAAUUCCUUUGUGCUCGGGAAGAAACAGCAGAGCGUUUGGGAGUCCAAGGCCUUAGUUCUUAUGGAUACCUAAGGAAACUGGACGAAGAGAGCAAAGUUAAUAUAAUGUGCCUGCAGCACAAAGAAGUUGCAAAAGAGAGUGUGUGCGGGAUGACUUUAGUUCUUAAAACGUUGCUUUUUAUCCAGCAACUUGCACAUGACAUGGAGAAAGAAAACCGCUCGAAAUACAAGCCGCUCCUUGACUUUUCUGGCCUAGAUUUGCAGCUUCUUUGGCAGUUUUACAAGAAACUGGAAGACAACCCAAGAGAAGAAUAUGUUUUCAUCAAGACUGUUGUACUUCAGUUGCUGCAGAGCUGCUCCAGUGUAAUCACCACUAGAAAACUGGCUCAAGAUGAAAGCAACGAUUUUCAUUGUUCUCAGGAAUUAUAUAAACAUCUUUGUAAUGCACUGGAUAACAUGGACAGCACAUCUUUGCCUUCAAGCAUACUUAAACAGGAAAUUACCAACACUUUACUAAAUGGAGCUGCUAUAUUUUUUCCUGAUCGCCUAUCCCGGCGGGAAAGACUGUUCUCACUAAUGAGGAGCAUCACUGAAGAGGAGCAGCCACUGUCAGUGCGCAUUACUUUUCAAUCCCUAUGUUCUUACUUCAGUGAACAAGACCCAGGUGGACCUCUGUUACUUCCAGAAGCAGAACUGCCUGCUGAUUUUGACAUCAGUCAAGCUCUCUCUGUUAUGGACAAACUACUUUUGAUGGUUAUAAGAGAGAGUAAAUUGUUGGUUGUGGAUGCUACCCAAGGAGAAUGCAGCUCUGUUCUCCAUUCUUUAUUUUGGGCCGUGCAAGGGAGCCUCUUUUCCUGGUGUUACUCGCAGUUAAAAGGGAAUGACCCAGUCUGGCAGGUUAAAGCUAGAGAAUUGCUUGUUCAGUAUGUUGAACUUUUUCUUAUAAAAAUGAAAAAUAUUUUGGAAUGUCUGCUUGUCAAAUGCAGCGGAAAGGAAAUAACAGAAAAGUUAAGCAUUUCUGUCUUUGGUAUGGCUACAAGACAGCUGAUGACCUUUAUGCUGGAGUUUUGUUCACUUGAUAUCCCACACUGUUCUUUAUUACAAAGCUUCAGUACCCUCACCGAACUCUUAAAGAAACUAUGUGGAAAUCUGGGUAAAAGUACAUACAAGGAAGAGAUGGAAAGUUGGAAUCUGGUCCAGCAGCCAGUGGUGCUACAGACAUGGAAUAUGGAGUCCCCACAUAAUUAUGAGAACAACUGCCGUGACAUAACAGUCUUCCUUUGCCCUGGCGCAACAUAUUUUGAAGUGGAAUUUGAUGACAAAUGUGAAACAGAAAGAAGAUACGAUUACUUAGAAUUCACUGAUGCCAGAGGUGGUAAAGUUCGCUAUGAUCAUAAAGUGGGCAGUGAUAAAUGGCCAAAGAAAGUAACAUUUAAGGCAGGCCCACAACUGCAGUUCUUGUUCUUCUCGGACAGCAGCAAUAAUGAAUGGGGAUACAAAUUUACAGUUACAGCCUACGGCCUACCAGACAUACCCCUCUCAUGGAGUACAGACUUACAGCUACUUGUGGCUAGGUUGAUGGGACGCCUGGCUUCCAGAUGUUUGUCUUUAAAAAACAUGUGUGAGCUGGGCUCUGUGGCUGAGUUACCUUUUGCAAAAGUGACAUCCGUUGUCAGUUCUCCAUUGUGGAAAUCAGUCUUCCGGCAUCAGAUGGGCACAGAUAAUGAAUUAAAGGCAGAAUUGACAUCCCUGCACCAAGGGAAUAAAGAGACUAAGAACUCUCAUGCAGAUGACUGUCGUAACUUUCUCCUUGACUUUGCAAACUCAGAUCCUACCCAGGAUUUCUGUGGCCCUAACUCUGAGCUUUUCAAAGGACUAACGCAGGCGAUUCUGAAACAACCGCCAAAGAGUGAAAUAGUGGCUGGAUCUGUGAUUGAUCAAGCUGUGAACUCUACCUUUGCUGCUAUGGUAUAUCUAACCCCACAACUGCAUAGAAAACUUCAGAGAUAUGUGCUUAAUGGAGGAAGCAUUCCGUUAUGUGAAGAGUUUGCCCAGGUAUAUGCUUUGGCAGAAGGAAUUAGAAUGUGGAUGUUAGAAAUGAAACAGAAAUCUCUGCAGACCAUGGGAAGUGACAAGCUUAGCCAGGAUAUAACAGAAACAAACCCGCAGAUGUUAGCAAAGCAAUGCAUUGAGAAAAGCCUUUUGCUGCUGAAGUUCUUACCAGUUGUAUCUACGCCAUUGCUUGACAGCUGCCACUCAGUAGAGGAUGCUCAUCUGUUACACUGUGAAGAAAGACGAAAAAGUUCAGUUGUUGAAACAGAUUUUCAAGCUGCAAGUGCCUCUCCAGAGACUACAUAUCCACCUUUCUUGGGGAAGUUGCAAAUACCUUGCUCAGAAGCUUUAAAAACACAGGAGUCACACCAUGAGACUCCAUCAGGGGUUCCAAUUAAAAAUCCUGAAAAAGUAGAACAACCUAUCUCUCCUCCACCCACUCCAUCGCGUAAAGCACCCUUUAGCCGUGCAAGAUUGCGUCUGCUCUCUUUUCGCUCAGUGGAGGAAGCCAGGCUAACUCCGACUGUAAAGGAAAAAUAUCCACUUCUGAGGAGCAUUUUGGACUUUAUCAAGGAUCCAACAAUUUCCCAUGAAAGUAUUUUACAGGUCCUUUCCCUGCGGAAGGCUCAAGCUGAGAGCGUCGUAAAAGUGCUUAAGGUUGUUCAAGAUUGUGUGCAGACUCUGGGCCAGCCACAUUUCUUCCAUCCACCUUGUGUUCUCUUUAUUUUGGAGCUGCUCUCUUGCCAGACAGAUUUCACAAACUACUUUGGACACCUAGAAGGUUGUGGUGGUGAUUUGCAUAGAGCAGUUAAAGAAUCCUAUUAUCAACUUGUUCUAUUACUUGUUAAUGCAGUAAAAAGCUUCAGCAGCCUCAAUGAAGGAUCAUUGCUUCCUGCCCUGUCAUCUAUGCAGACAGUUCUCUUGCAUAUGCUGGAUAUGAGCUGGGAACCAGAGGAUCUAUCAUUCUUUCUCAGUAUAGAUCUCCCAAGUCUUCUGUUUUCAAUGUGUCAGGAAAAUAUAAGUUCCCAUGAUAGCAUUGUCAGUUUGUGGGAUGAAGAAGAUGAAAGAGCAGAUUACCGUCAAAAUUUGUUGUGGCUGGAAGAAUGCAAAGAUGGCAUGUUUGAAAUAUGGUAUGAGACUAUUGCUCAAGCUGAUCCAGAUGUUAAAAGGAAGAUGCACAUGUUCAUAGCAAGAUACUGUGAUCUGCUAAAUGUAGAAAUCUCUUGUGAUGGAUGUGACAAAAUUGCACCAUGGAAUCGCUACCGUUGCCUGCAGUGUAAUGAUAUGGAUCUCUGCAAAACAUGCUUUUUAGGAGGAGUAAAACCUGAGGGACAUGAAGAUGGCCAUGAUAUGGUUAAUAUGGAAUAUGCAUGUGAUUACUGCCAGGGACUUAUUAUAGGUCACAGAAUCAACUGCAAUGUGUGUGAUGACUUUGACCUCUGCUAUGGAUGUUAUAUGGCAAUGAGAUAUUCUGAAAGCCAUUUGCCAACCCACAGCAUCACAAUUUAUCCAAUGGUAACAAACAGAAUCAGUGAUAAUCAAAGACUAAUCCAGCCUUAUAUACACAACUAUUCCUGGCUCCUCUUUACUGCUCUGGCUCUGUAUUGUUCUGAUUUGGCAAGUGAAGGAGAAAUUGAAGGGGAAAAGCUUGAUUUGAGUGUUGUAUCCAGUGCUCAACUCUUACAAGCUAAUUGUACGGAUCUGGUUGCAAACUGUUUGAUGAAAACACAAAAAGGAAAAGGACUUAGAAUGUCCUCUUUACUUUCGGUGUGGAGCAACAACAAAUUAUUUUCUGAACAUAAAGCUUCUUCCAGCAGUCUGCUUGAACUUAAGAAAAGUGACCUGCCCAAUAAUAAUACUGAUCAAUCCAAGCCAGAUUUAAUGCUAGAUAAGGCUAAAAAAGUAUCUGAUAAAGAUAUCCGAGAGAAGAAAGACUGGUCUGCAAAAGAUUUUCAAGAAGGUGAUGAGAACAACACUGGAAAACCUACAGAGAUGUUCUUAUUUACAGGAGAUUUAUCCAAAAAACAUGUAGUCAAAAAUGCAGUUAUUCCAAGUCCGGAUGAAGUAUUUGCUGAAUGCUCCCAAGAAAGAAUUCUAGGUCUCGUAGGGGCCAUGUUGCCUCCACUGAAAUCGAGUUCUCUGGUGUGCGUAACAAACCUCCAGCAUGUACUUCCACUAAUGUUCCAAGUCGUUAUAUCCAAUGCCGGACAUUUAAAUGAAUCUUACCAUUUAACCUUGGGUCUGCUGGGACAGCUAAUUCUUAGACUGCCCCCAGCUGAUGUUGAUGCAGCUGUUAACAAAGUUUUAUCCUCCAAGUGCAACAUCCAAACUACUUUUGAUGGUAGCACAAUGCCAGAAGGAUGGAUUACUACCCAACUGAUUUUCACGCUAGGAGCUUUGUGUUUGGACAGUAAAGUAGGCCUUGACUGGGCUUGUACAAUGGUGGAUAUUUUGAGAGAAUUAAAUGGUUCUCCCCAGUGGCAUAAAGUGAUUGCCUUAUUUGCAGACCACUGUAUAAAGGAGCUUCCACAGCAGCUAAAAAACACAAAUAUCUUUACAUUGCUGGUCCUGGUUGGAUUUCCAGAGGUACUCUGUAUGGGAACGCAAUCUGUGUAUGUAGAUAAUGCAAAAGAGCCACAUGAUGUUGUAAUAUUAAAACAUUUCACUGAGAAGAAUCGAGCUGUAGUUGUCGAUGUUAAAACACGAAAGCGGAAAACAGUGAAAGAUAACCAGUUAAUACAUCAAAGCGACUCUGAAAACCAAGGCUUGCAAGAACAACUAAAGAAGUAUCUUCAGCACUUUGCAUGUAUAACAAGUAACCUAAUGAAAUCAAACUUAAACAACGGCAGUGCAGAAGCAGUAGAAGCUACUUGGGUACUAUCAUUGUCUCUCAAAGGAUUAUAUAAAACAAUCAAGAAUCACUGUUUUGAAGAGCUCCAAAGUGCCUUCAUAAAUUCUGGCUUGUUAAAGUUAUUGGUGAAAAAAUGCAGCAAAGGGACUGGCUUCAGUAAAACCUGGUUGCUUUGUGACCUGGAGGUCUUAUCUAUUAUGCUGUAUUCCUCAAAGAAAGAGAUAAGUGCUGUGUCUGAAAAAGAUGACUCUGGGUCAGAGAAGCAAGACCAGGAUAAGGAUUUGUAUACAUCUCAUGAUAGCACUGUCAAAUCUGAUCCUUUGGAGGGACUGGACGAAGCUACCAAAAUAUGUUUCCAGGUAAUUCAUGAUGCCCUCAAUGCUCCUUUGCAUAUCCUUCGGGCAGUAUAUGAAAUGGAGAUGAAAAGUACAGAAUCUCUUCUCCAAGAAGUUCAUAAAAAAUUUGAUGAAAAAACAGGUGUAAUAGAUGAGAAAGUUAAGAAGAUGGCGCAAAAAUGGCAACCCUGUAAGCCAGGAAAAUCAGAAGAACAAUCUCUGAAGGCAGUUGAUACAGAUAUGAUCAUCCAGCCCUGCACGCUGAAGCCUGUACUAUGUGAAAAAGCAACAGAGGAGUCCAACCCAGUGAGCCAGAAACUUAUUGUAACCAGUGAGAGUGAUCUUCAGCGUAGUUUCGCCAAACAACGGCGUGCCAAGAGCUCCGUCCUUCUCCGCAAGGAACUGGACUCCCGAAGUAAGAUUGCAGUGCGUGACUAUUUGUUCCACGUGAAUGAGGCCACAGCUGUUCUUUAUGCACGCCAUGUUUUGGCAUCCCUACUAGCCGAAUGGCCUUAUGGAGUUCCACUAAAUGACGACAUCCUGGAGCUUAGUGGACCAGCUCACAUUACGUACAUUUUAAAUAUGCUAAUGCAUCUUGAAGAAAAGCAACUCUGGGAGAAGAUCUUACAGAAAGUUCUUGGUGGCUGUAGUGAAAGUAUGUUGGGAACAGUAGCACUUACAGCUUGCCAGUUCAUGGAAGAGCCUGGGACAGCGAUUCAAGUGAGAGAAUCCAAGCACCCUUACAACAACAACACCAUCUUUGAGGACAAAGUUCAUAUUCCUGGGGCAAUUUAUCUCUCUGUCAAGUUUGACCCACUGUGUAACACGGAGGAGGGCUGUGAUGAGUUGGUCAUCUCAACUUCAUCGGACUUUAAACAAGAUCUGCACAGAUUCAGCGGACCUCCAAAGAAAUGGAUAGAUUUUGAACUUCCAGGAGACACACUGUAUUAUCGAUUUACAUCUGACAUGAGUUAUACUGUAUGGGGCUAUAAGUUCACUGUGGCUGCAGGACACCGUGGCCGUUUUCAGACAGGGUUUGAAAUUUUAAAGCAGAUGCUUUCUGAUCAAAGAGUUGAACCUCAUCUUCCUCUCUCUGAUAUCUGGGACUGGCAGGUUGGGGUAGCAUGUCGGCAAACUGGCCAUCAAAGAUUAAAAGCAAUCCACUUACUGCUAAAGAUUUUAAAGCUUGGCCCAGGAAGGGACUGUGAUCUCAAACUGUUGAAGCCACUCUGGCCUCUUUUCACUGGCAUGGAGAAAAUGGUUAAUCAAGAUUCAGGGAGUAAUGGAGUACUCCUUCGUUUGCACCGUGCACUUACUGAGCUUUUUUUCAUAGCAGAGAAUCUAGCCAAUGAAACUGGAUGUCUGCAGGAGUAUCUUAUGACUUUAAUCACAGAGGAGCAAAUUAGCCAUUACACAGCACAGGCACUGAACAACAUUGCAGCUAUAAGCUUUGCCAUCAACUACCCCAACAAAUCAACAAGUGUCUGGACUGCUUAAUAUUUCCGGAGUAUACCUUUUACAGCCUGGGAAAACAUGUGCAUCUUGGCUCUUCUUUGUGGGUUCUCACAUUGCUGUGUGUUCGGCCCAGCGGAACUGCAAAAUAUAAGGACUCCUAUCGAUGUCAUACAAUUGUCUCUUGCCACACAGACGCACAAGCAUAAUGCCACUCCUUUGUGCACCGUGUGAGAAACACCUGUCUACCAGAACAAAAUUGAGGUGUUCUAUAACAUAAGAAGCUGUCUGAAUGCAAAAUGACAUGUUGAUCCACAUCUUUCGUUUAAAAAGAAUUGUGGGAUUGAGACUGGUAGCUCUGAAGGUUGUAACUAAAAUGGUAUUCUGGAUUUGCGUCCAAAUCCUUUCCCUAAAAUAUAUAUGAAAGCUAUAUUAAAUUGAUUUCCACUGUUUAUCUCAUAUAAAAAAUUUCUGGCAAACAUUCAGGGAAAAAAAAUCUUAAUUUCCUAUAAUUUGUAAAGAAUAUAUGUAUUUUAUGAGACUGCACCUUGAAGCUGUUAUGGCUUCUAGAGAAGAUAAUACACUGGAUAAUUGCAAAGAGAAAGUUCUAGGAUAUGGCAUUUUGUACAGUUGCAUAUAAAAAGUCCUGGCAUAACCCGUGCAGCAAUAUAUUUGAUAAAUAGCUCUACUAGGCACAUCACCUAUCCUAUGUGGUAAAGAAAUUCUUUCUUUGUAAAUACAUUUUUUAUUUUUUAAAGCUGGUAACUUUUUGAAAGCGUUACUUUAAAGCCAGUAUAAAAAGCAUGUUUGCCUAAAAUCACUUUAAUAUUGCUCAUACCUACAGCAAGCAUUUUUCCCUUAAAACAAUUAAAUAUCGCUCAUACCUAAACAUUGCAGCAUCUCAGGAGGUGAGCAGGAAAUUAGGCAACAUAUAUUCAUAAGGAUUUUUAUUUCUUCUAAUUCUUUGUUUUGUUUACUUUUUGUAGUCUGCUUGUCAUUUGGCCAUCAUAAACUUAUAUGAACCACUUACAACCACUCAUGCAAAGGAAGGGUAUGUAGGGGGGGCAGUAACACCAAAGAAUUAAAGGGGUUUAUAUUCCUUUAAAUAUACUUCAUAGUCACCCUGAUUCAGAAACUAUAAUAUAGUUAAUAUAAAUAAGCUGCUAUGUAAUUAUAGGGACUGCAAUACAGGGUCCUGAAAGUGGAAAUAAGUGGGUAAUUUACUGGACAGUGCAAAUAUCCAGUUGGUGGUUCCCUACAUGAUGAGAACCUCUCUCAAAUAAAAUAUUAGAAAUCUAUUAUUUUUGGGUGCCAGACAAAGAUGUAAUUUCUAAAUGUAAAUAAAACUCACUUGGUGGCAUUACUGGCCCAUUUUAUUAUAAGUAUUUUUAAUGAAUAUCUCUGUUUUUGACCCCUAAGAGGGGAAGCUGAAAUAAUAUUGGGGUCAAUCUAAUGUAGAAUCUAUUUUUUGCACUUAUAUAUUUGCAUUUAUUAUAUUUAUAUUUUGAUACCUUUUCCUUUAGCGUCAACUCCUCAAUUUCCCCAUUCGUGACCUGAUUAUAGCAAGGAAUUAUCAAGUGAAGAAGUUUAUAAGAAACUGGAACACCCUUAUGGUAUUGGGUGUUUCUGCCUCUCACUGUUUGGCUUUCAUCAAAGUUGGGUGGUCUUGGGUUUUGCAGUAUCUUUUACUCACCUAAAGUCUAGCAGCCAUGCUAUAAACAUUAUAUACAGUAGUAUGUCCUUUUUAGCAGUGGAUGGAAAGGCUUAAAGCAAGUGCAUGCAAACUGUAAAAUAUUUUAUGCAUUUCACACAACUCAUUUACUCUGAUGCAUGUGUAAAGAAAAAAAGAAAACCUGACUCGUUUUAUUUUAAAUUUCCUUUAAAGCAUAGAUUCCUAAAUUUUGAGGCUGGGGACCCAUAGCAGUGUAAGGGCGUGGGCAAGCCUAAAGCUCAGUUAUGGUAACGUUUCGGCUGAAUGCUUGUUUGUUCAGAUAGAGGUUAGGGUGAGAAUAUCCUGCUUCUUCAUUAAGCAAAAAAGUAAGUAGGGUGCAUGCUAUGUCAAAAAGUUGAUUACAAAUUAUGCCACAGUAUAUUUUACAGCAGACAGGGCAAAUUUACAUUAAUAUCAGCAUAUUCUGUUAGUAGCAUUCUCCCACAUGUAAGUAUGUGUAUCUCUACAUAGUAACAUAACUUAAGCAUACUAUCAUCCAAACAUUAUGCCUGAAAACAUUAGUAAUUUUAUUAUAAUGUAAUAUUUUUUGUAAAAAAAAAAAAAAUGUAUAUAUAGACUUUUGUGCAUUGCAUAAGUAUAUAUUUAUUUCACCCUCCUCCAGCCUUCUUCCACCAUAGGAUUGCUGUCUUGUAUAGCAGAAAAUGCAAUAUGAUUAUUAACAAAUUACAUACAGAAUUUAUGCCUUAUAAAUAUGGCCAUUGACUCCUCCUUUUGUGACUGAGCUUGGAGCCUAUGAGUGGGCAAUGGAAGGCAAGCCUAUGUCUACCAGGGAAUCGAAAAAGAUCAUUUUUGCAGUGCUGCUGCCUUUUGUAAUACCAUGGGCAUUGUUUUCAGGCAAGAACAUUGUUUUAUUUUGAUCAUAGGCUCUUUUUAUGUACCCUGUAGUUUCUUAAAGAGAUACUGACACCAGAAAUUAAAUCCUUUUACAACUGUCAUAACAUUUUCUGUCUGUGCAUGCUCUUUAUAAUUUUGCCAUAAAUGUAUUUGCCCAAUGCUUUAUAUUACCUCUCCAAUCUCCCAUGUUCCCCUAUGAGGGGGCUGCCAUAUUUGUGUAGUAGGAGUCUGUUACCAUUAGAAGCUAUAAAUGACAGGUUGGCAAAACAGGCUUAGGAACUUCAAGUAACAAUUACUUACAAAAGCAGCGCUAUCAGGGAAGAAUGGUCAUCAUGACCUAUAGGAAACUUUUUUAUGUACGUUCAUAUUUUGAAGAGUAGUUUUUUAGUGUCAGUAUCACUUUAAGAAAUAUGGUUACGAGGCAUUUUGUAUUUGUACACAUUGGCCUGCCCCACUCAGAAGUGGCACAAAGAGUUCACUUUACAUAUGGAAUGCAAGUUUGGUGGACUCCUGGCAUAGCCUAGAUUCUGCACUUGUGUCAGAUUGAGCAAAACCAAUGCAGAAUUGGCUCCAUUUGGCAGGUACUGCAAGUCUCCCAGGCGGAUGUUUCUAGUGUAAUAUCUACACAUGCACUAGCCCUUUUUAUACCACCUCACAUACAGAAAGAAUUGCUUGGGUGGCUGGCGUAGUUUGGUUUGGCUGUGUUACCAAAGCUUUAAGUUCUGAAGGAAGCAGAUUUAGUUAUUGGGGAUUCUGAACCAUCUGCCAUAUGAUUCAUUUAUAAUGAAGCAGGUCAGUAGUCAGAGAUGUGGCAUAUUACUACAAAAGAAGACUGCUCCUAGGCAGCAAGUUUUAGUGACACUGUAGAAACGACUCUCCUCUUGGACAACACAUACUUCCUCUAUACAACAGCAAAUGCCCAGUUUGAUGUCCAGCUAAAUUGGCUUAAAAAGCUUACUUUCUGCCUAUGGGGGACACACACUCCAUCAAAAAGUCAUGCUUUAUAACAAAGCACAAAGACAUGCAUAGUCAGCGAUUCUCAUCGAAGUAAUAUGUACCACUGUAGCCAGCAGAGGAACUAGAAUUAAAGGGGUAGUUCACCUUUCAGUUUUUCAUAGAAUGAACAGUAACUUUUCAAUUGCUUUUUGUCAUAUAUUUUUUUAUAGUUUUUUUUAAUUAGUUGCCACCUUCUGACUCUUUGCAUCUUUCAAAUAGGGGUCACUUACCCCAGCAGCCAACAAACGUGCUCUGGGAGGCUACAAUUUUAUUGUUAUUUCUUACUUUGCAUUAUGUAUUUUUCUUGGUCGUCUUCUAUUCAAAUACCAGUCUCUGAUUCAAGCCACUCCCUGGUUGCUAAGGUAAUCUGAAACUUAGAAACCAGAUAACUGAAAUUGGAGAGUUACUGACCAAAAAGUAAAAUAAUUACAAAAAAAACAAUAAAAAUGAAGAUCAAAUACAAAUUGUCUUAGAAUAUUACUCUGUAUGUCAUACUAAGCUAACUCAAAGAAGGUGAACAACCCCUUUAAGUAGAUAAUUGUGAGUUCUGGAACAGUAACUGGCACAAAGCAAACGGUUACAUUAAAAACUAAUGAUUUUAUGCCAAAUUGAUUUAGUGGUUAACAGAAACUUCCCAACGCUUUUUCAUUCAUCAUUAAACUGUAGCCCUUACAUCUUCAUGUGGAGGUAAUUUGAACACGCUGGUUAAAAUAUUUUAUAUUUUGUAGUUUGGCUGCUGUCAUCACUUAUUCUGAUGCUCUCUAUGACUUAUAUAGAGAUGUGAAUGAAAAAAUGAGCCAUGAAUGAAGAUAUGAAUGGAAGAGUGACAAUACAGAGCACAUUGGCUCACUGAUAGCCGUACAGUUGCCAGCUAUUCCUUUGCUUAUCAGCAAGUACCAACCUGUGUAUUUCCAGUAUAAAGGUAGUGUACUGUGCCCUUUAACCCUGGUAUCCUAUGCCUUGUGAUUCUUUCCAGGUGGGCAUUUGGCUUGUUUUCUCUUUUUCACACCGUGGCUCAGAAUACGUUCUACUAAAUGAAAUGACUGUUCCCUGACACAUAGGCAGCAUCAUCUAGUCGGGAGCAGCAGUUGCCCUUUAAUAACUCUUGGUAUGCUAAUAAAAUGUGCCUAAUAUAUACAGUUUAUUUAUGCACACUGUAUGUAACUUUGUUUCUUUCAGACUGCUAUUUCAAUGUUUUAAACAGGUUUUAGAUUUUUUUCCCCACUUUCAUUUGAUAUGGUUUUGAUAAUAGCUUUUUUUUUCUCCAAAUUUGGUUGUAAAGAUGAAUAUAGCAUAUUGUAAUUUUCACAUGUACAAAAGAUAUAAAUGAUUUCAAUAUAAUGUGCUAAAUAAGAGAUAUAUUGUAAAAACAAAAUCACUAAUAAAAUAUGUGAAUGCGGA